UAUAACAUCGCAUCGUUCUAAUCCAGCUCAUUGAAGAGUAUUAAUUAAAUAAAAAUAAUUAAGCUCGUGACGUACGGCACCUCCUUAAACAGCAAACCUACUUUCACAAAAAUAGCAUAUUCUCUCUCCCUCUUUCUCCUCUUUUCUUAUCACUCGCUCUCUCUCCAGUGCAUGUGUCGUGAUGGUGGCGGUGAAAGAAAAAAGAAGCAUAGAAGAAGGGCCUUUGAAGCUCAAGAACCCAAACGCCGAUUCAGACUGUCGUAUUACUCAUGUGUUAUCUUCAGCACUUUCCUCGCCGUCUGUGUCUCCUUCUCCUUUGGUGUUGCUGAGGCUGAGGAUAUGGCGAUAAACCCCCUUAGACCAAAUGAGUUUUUCUUCAAACCGAAGGAUUAUCGGAAGUCUUGUAAGCUUCAAUCAAGAUGCCACCAAUACAAAUUUAUGACGAUCCUUGGGGAGUUAGAUGAAUCAGAAAAGAGGUGGUUUCUCGAACACCCACAGUUCAAGCACUUGUUCCACAUGGUUUGUACCUCAACUAGAAAGAUGAUGGGAUUGUGGAUGUUGCUACUCCGCACCAUUGUUACGCAUAAGAGUCGGCAAGCGUGGUUUUCUGUAAAUGGUGUUCCGAUUCGGUACUCGAUUAGGGAACACGGUAUCAUCUCAGGUUUAUACUGCCACCAGUAUCCUGAAAAUUAUCAGAGUGGCUUGAGCAUGAUGUUUGCGGAGAAACAGUUUAGGAAAAUGUUCAUGAAGAAGCUGAAGAAGCUGAAGAAUAAGAAGAAGAAACCAGAGGAAGAGGAACUAAAGGUGACAGUUCAGGAUGUGGAAGAGAAGCUUUCGCAGAUGAAGCUAGAUCGUACCAAUGACCGGCUGAAGGUGGCUAUUCUGUACUUUUUGGCCACAGUUAUAGAUGAGAAGUCCAAAUAUGGAGGCCCCAUCGAUCGUUUUCUUCUGCAAAUUAUUGAUGAUCUAGAGCUGUGUAAUAAAUUUCCAUGGGGACGUUUCACGUUUGAUCACUGCAUGAAAGAGAUCAAACAUGUGAAGGAUCAUUUUAGAAGAGGACUGCCCGAAAACCCGAAAUGGACAUUUCCUGGGUUCAUCAACCCUUUAGAAAUAUUGGCAUUUGAAUGCAUUCCUGUCCUGAAGGCAGAAUUUAGAGAACCUGUGCCAAACUACGACCCUAGUUGUCCAAGAAUGUGCAAGUGGAAGUUCACAUCAACUGGGACAACAGGAUAUGCACUGGAAGAACUUUAUAAGGCUCUUGGAAACACAAAGACAAUUUCUAGCAUUUUGCCACCAAUUGAACGUGAGCAACAAGUUAUCUACCAGACAAUGGACGAAGGAUGUUGGGAAGAUAUGGAACUUUUAGAUGAUGGGGAUGAUGAUGAUGCAAUUGUUGAUGUAUGGAACAAGUUCAAAGUUCAGGAAAGAGGGCAGAUAUUUUGGGAGGAUAUCUGCAAGGAAGAUAUUAAGUCUCGAAGUCUAGAGAUAGAACAGCUAGAAGGGGAUCAACUGGAGGAGGAGGAGCAUGAGGCUGGGAACGAGCCUCCAAGGAUUGUCGGUGGAGAAGCUGUGGCAGAUCUUGAAAGUUUAAAAGAAACGGUGAUGAGUCUGAUGAGUCUGAUGACUACAAUGGAAGGGAAUGUUAAUAACAAGCUUGAGGGUUUUGACAGAAGACUAAAAAUGUUGGAAGGAGAUAGUAUUGGGAGAGAAGGUUUUGAAAAUAUGGACUUUCAAUAUAAUGAAGAUGGUGAAACGUCUGGACAGCAAGAGAAAGGACGAAGAGGAUGAGGAUGAUGGGAAGAAGGCUAAGAAUGAUGAUGAUAAUGGCGAGAAGGAUGAUACUGAGAAAGAGCAUGAGGACGAG